AUGUCCACCGCCCGCCUCCCUCCAGCAAUCGUCAGUGGCCCCACAACAACGCCAAUCACGCCUAUACCACUGGAGGACAUCAACUCUCCAAGCGCCACAGCUACCUCCUCGGAUAAUAGCAGUCGCAUGUCCUCCAACGACCAAGACCCAUUACUUCUCGCCACUCGUUUGCAGUCUGAAGACCACAUUAACAGUCUCCGCCAACGCAAAAAGCGUCGGAAGCAAGGAAAGGCCGCUGGAGACUUUUACGAUAAACAAAAUAAGCAGAUAGCUUCGCUGCUCAUGACAAUGGACCAGCAUAUCGAGAGCGCGCAAGAAGAGGAAGACUCUAAUAGGCUUGCUAUCAAAAUUGCAAUACGAGCCUCGUUGAUUGCCAACAUUGUUUUGGCUAUUCUCCAAAUAUACGCGGCAGCAUCGUCACUAUCAUUGUCGUUUUUUGCUACGGCAAUGGAUGCUGUCUUUGACCCCCUCGCAAAUAUGGUUCUAUACUACUGCCAUCGUCUGGCAGUGAGGGCGGACCCAAGAAGAUAUCCAUCUGGUGGGAGCCGUCUUGAAACUAUUGGGGACAUCGUGUAUGCGACUUCUAUGGGCUCCGUCUCAGUCCUCCUGAUAGCAUUUUCCAUCCAGGAUCUUACACGGGGCAAUGCACAAGACUUAGCGCUGCACAUCCCUGCUGUCGUUGUUGUGGGAAUUGCAUUUCUCGUCAAGUUGGCACUUUUCCUCUACUGCUACUCCAUUCGAUCAAAAAAUUCACAAGUCCGAGUUUUAUGGGAAGAUCAUCGGAACGACCUGUUCAUUAAUGGUUUCGGAAUACUGACCUCUUCUGCCGGAGCUCAGCUGCUUUGGUGGAUUGACCCUCUUGGUGCUUUAUUGAUAUCUCUUGCCCUCGUUCUCGUUUGGGGCCGCACGAUUUAUAAGCAGUUCUUACUACUUGCUGGAAUUGCUGCGCCACUUGAGUUCCAGCAACUGGUCAUUUAUAAAGCUAUGAUGUUUGCCGAUGACAUCAGGAAGAUAGACUCUUGCACCGUCUAUCACGCAGGCCCCGACUACGUGGUCGAACUUGACAUUGUCAUGGACGCGGAUACUCCAUUGUGGAAGGCGCAUGACCUUUCUCAAGCCCUCCAGGACAAGAUCGAACAACUUCCCAACGUCGGCCGUGGCACCUUAUCAGAUACCCUAGCCUAUGUCCACGUUGACCAUGAAAUCGAUCACAAACCGGAACACCGUAAACUCAAGUAG